AUGGCCUAUCAAGGCCCUCAUCCCUCCGGCGGCGGCUACGGCGAAGCCCAUCGCCUGCACGACCUCCCCCAAAACGGAAGUCAAUAUAACCUCCCCGCUGAGCACGAUGCAUCUCAAUCUCUCCUUCACCAAAACCAAGGCCCCUUCAGUGGCCCCUUCGACGACCCCCACCAGCGCGGUGGUUCUCCGUUCCACUCCGCCUCCGGAUACAGCCUGACAGAAUCCUACGUAACAGACCAACCCCAGUCCCAAGAUCAUUACGGAGGGCAGAUGGGCGAGAAUCCCGCUGCCGGCUUUGGCGUGCCUGGCCGCAUACCAUCGCCAUACACCCGCAGUGAAACUUCGUCUACAGAGGCCUGGCGUCAGAGACAAGGCCCGGGAAAUCUACGUCGUUAUGCUACUAGGAAGGUCAAGCUGGUUCAAGGCUCUGUUCUCAGUGUUGAUUAUCCGGUUCCUAGUGCUAUUCAGAAUGCUGUGCAGGCUAAAUACCGCAAUGAUCUCGAGGGUGGGAGCGAGGAAUUUACCCAUAUGCGAUACACCGCUGCUACAUGUGAUCCUAAUGAGUUCACAUUGCACAAUGGCUACAAUCUGCGGCCUGCAAUGUAUAACCGCCAUACAGAGCUCUUAGUUGCAAUCACAUAUUACAACGAAGAUAAAAUGCUUACUUCGCGCACUUUACACGGCGUGAUGCAAAAUAUCCGGGACAUUGUCAACCUCAAGAAGUCUGAAUUCUGGAACAAGGGCGGUCCUGCUUGGCAGAAAAUUGUUGUCUGUCUCGUCUUCGAUGGAAUUGACCCUUGCGACAAAGAUACCCUCGAUGUGCUGGCCACAGUGGGAAUCUACCAGGAUGGCGUUAUGAAGAAAGAUGUCGACGGGAAGGAGACUGUCGCACAUAUUUUUGAAUAUACCACCCAGCUUUCUGUGACCGCUAACCAACAACUCAUUCGUCCACACGAUGAUGGCCCGUCCACACUGCCUCCCGUCCAGAUGAUGUUGUGUCUGAAGCAGAAGAACAGCAAGAAAAUCAACUCUCACAGAUGGCUCUUCAAUGCCUUUGGCCGAAUCCUCAACCCGGAAGUCUGCAUCUUGCUCGAUGCAGGCACCAAACCAGGUCCCAAAUCCCUCCUAGCGCUCUGGGAGGCCUUCUACAAUGACAAAGAUCUGGGUGGCUCCUGUGGUGAAAUCCACGCUAUGUUGGGUAAGGGCUGGAAAAAGCUCAUCAAUCCGCUCGUCGCGGCACAAAACUUCGAAUACAAAAUCAGUAACAUUCUCGAUAAACCCCUGGAAUCCUCCUUCGGGUACGUCAGUGUGCUUCCCGGCGCGUUCUCAGCUUACCGCUUCCGCGCCAUCAUGGGUAGACCUCUUGAGCAAUAUUUCCACGGUGACCACACGCUGUCGAAACAGCUUGGCCCCAAGGGAAUCGAGGGCAUGAACAUUUUCAAGAAGAACAUGUUCUUGGCUGAGGAUCGAAUUCUGUGUUUCGAGUUGGUAGCCAAAGCGGGGUCGAAGUGGCAUCUGUCAUAUGUCAAGUCGUCCAAGGGUGAGACUGAUGUUCCUGAGGGUGCUCCUGAAUUCAUCGGACAGAGACGUCGGUGGCUUAACGGUUCAUUUGCGGCCAGUAUUUACUCGCUCAUGCAUUUCGGGAGGAUGUAUAAGAGUGGCCACAAUAUUUUGCGCAUGUUCUUUUUCCAUAUUCAGAUGCUUUACAAUUUGUUUACGGUUUUCUUGACUUGGUUUGCACUUGCUUCCUACUGGCUUACAACUUCCGUUAUCAUGGACCUCGUCGGUAGCCCGCCCAGCCCAGGGUCUGUGAGUGACCAGGAGCGCGCAUUCCCAUUUGGCAACACUGCGACUCCCAUCGUUAAUACAGUUCUGAAGUACCUGUACAUAGCCUUCCUGCUCCUACAGUUCAUUUUGGCUUUGGGUAAUCGUCCCAAGGGCUCCAAAUACUCGUACAUAACCUCCUUCAUCGUCUUCGGCAUAAUCCAAUUCUACAUAAUAGUCCUAUCAAUGUACCUCGUCAUCCGCGCCUUCUCCGGCGGUAGACUGGCCUUCGACACGACCCACGGCAUCGGCCCAUUCCUGAUAUCCUUCUUCUCCUCUUCCGGCCCCGGAAUCAUCAUCAUAGCCCUCGCCGCAACCUUCGGCCUCUAUUUCGUUGCCUCCUUCCUGUACCUCGACCCAUGGCACAUGUUCACGUCCUUCCCCUCCUACCUCCUCAUCAUGUCCUCGUUCAUAAACAUUCUAAUGGUGUACGCCUUCAGCAACUGGCACGACGUUUCCUGGGGUACCAAGGGUGCGGACAAAGCGGACGCGCUGCCCUCAGCCCAAACGCAGAAGGAUGAAGGCGGCAAAGAAGCCGUCAUUGAGGAGAUCGAUAAGCCGCAGGCGGAUAUCGAUAGUCAGUUUGAGAGCACUGUGAAACGCGCGUUGACUCCGUUUGUUGAGCCGAAGGUUGUGGAGAAGAAGACGCUGGAUGAUUCGUAUAAGAGUUUCCGCACGCGGUUGGUGACGUCAUGGUUGUUUUCUAAUGGGAUUCUGGCUGUGGCUAUUUACGAGUGA